GAGCGCCAUGAUCGCUGACUAUAUGUACUGGCUGACAGGAGGCACUGAGCGGCAUACAAGCAAGCUCAUCAAACUAUAUUGGCAGGCUAUGAUUGAAGAAGCCAUCACUAGAGAAGUGUCUUUUUCGGUUAUGUACACACCACUUGGGACAGAAAUCAAGGCUGAUGAAAAAAACAAGUUAAAGACCAGGUUUGCUAAAAAGCACCCUGAUUAUGUGGAGCACAUAUAUACAGAUCCUCAUGGACUUCACAUCUUGCCACAGACAGCUGAGUGGCUGUCUGAGCCUCCUCAGAAGUACUCACUGACUCUGGGUUUCAGAAACAAACAUAUUGGAAAAAUCUUGGAAAGGUGGUCAAAUAAAAAACUGCCAAUCUUUUCAGACCGGAAAGUACCUUUCUGUCCUCUCACCAAAGAAGAAACAAAAAGAUACUGGGAUUACACUGGGGAAAAGAUCAUGCCAGUAAUAGAUUUUAUAAGAAGCACCAAAUUAACUGACAAUCGCUGCGCAUGUUCACGUGGGAUAGAGAAGUUGCAUUACGCCAGCUUCCUCGGCCGUUUGCAGAGAGUCGAGGAACAGUCCCAAGUGAUUAAUCAAGCGAUGGCUGAGCUAGCAACCCUUCCCUACCUGCAGCACACCAGUCAGAAAGAUGUCAGAAUGCUGCGGUUGCUAAUGGCAGAUGCCAUGGACACCCUUGAAGGAAGAAGGAGUAAAAGACGUGUGUGGAAUAAAAUUCAAAAG